CAGUUUAAUCGCACCAAAACCGAACAAACCAAAAGCGUUACCCACGGUGGAAAAAGGAUUGACACCUAAAGGGGGUUGGGUUUGAUUGGAGGCUUGAACCUGGAAUUGGACUUUGUUGUGGUUAUUUAUUCGGUUUAGAUAACCGGAAACAGCGAAAAAGUCAUUCCAACAAUCGCGAUUGAGUGAAAAAAAAGCCAACUAAAUAAUUUACAGUAAUUAAACCAAACAUUUUAGAUACCAUUGUGGUUUAACCAUAAAACCGCAACCGUAUUCCCAACAGGGAUAGGAUUGGAUAACGGAUAAGCAAAGUAAUUUUGUUACAUAAUGCCAAUCGGAUAAAUGACAUAACUAAUAACUAAACAAACUCUCACGCCGCCGGCGUGAUCUCGUCGCCGUCAGCAUAGCCGUACACAUCAACAAGAGUCCAAACGCCCCCGAUUCUCAGGAUCACAUUUCUCGAAUAAAAGGGUACAAAUAUAUAUAAUACAUUAUCGGAGGAAGAAGAAGAACAGUUGACUUUCUCCGACAACCCCCUCACUGACCAAUUUGUAGUGACCAACAGUCCGCCGGCGAUGGGUUCCGACCACAAAGAGUCGCCGGUUUGCGUGACGGGCGCCAACGGGUUCAUCGGGUCGUGGGUGGUCCGAACCCUCCUCGAAUCUGGGUACGCCCGAAUCCACGCCUCCAUCUACCCUGGCUCCGACGCUUCCCACCUCUUCCACCUCCCCGGCGCAAAUAAUAACCCGGACCGCCUCAAGAUCUUCGAGGCCGACCUCCUCGACCCGCCGGCGCUCUCCACCGCCGUCGCCGGCUGCCGCGGUCUCUUUCACAUCGCUUCCCCUUGCUCCCUCGAAGACCCCGCCGAUCCCGAUCGCGAUCUCAUCCUCCCCGCCGUUCAGGGCACCCUCAAUGUCCUUCAAUCCGCCGUCGAUUCCAACCUCUCCCGCGUCGUCCUCACUUCUUCCAUCUCCGCCUUGGUCCCAAACCCUAAUUGGCCCGCCGGAAUCGUCUUCGACGAGUCCUCCUGGACCGAUCUCGAUUACUGCAAGUCCCGAAAGAAAUGGUAUCCGGUGUCGAAGACGCUGGCGGAGAAAGCUGCGUGGGAGUUUGCGGAGAAGAAUGGGCUUGAUAUGGUGGCGAUCCAUCCGGCGACGUGCUUGGGGCAAUUGUUGCAGCCGGGGCUGAAUGCAAGCUCCGCCGUGUUGAAACAGCUGCUGGAAGGAGCUGAAGACACGCAGGAGUGUCACUGGUUGGGAGCUGUUCAUGUCAAAGAUGUGGCCAUGGCGCAAGUUCUGCUCUACGAGACUCCUGCUGCUUCUGGUAGAUACCUCUGCACCAAUGGCAUCUACCAAUUUCGAGACUUUGCUGACAGGGUUUCCAAACUCUUCCCUGAAUUCCCUGUUUACAGGUUCGCUGAAGAGACUCAGCCUGGCCUGGUUGCUUGUGAUGGUGCUGCUAAGAGACUAAUCGAUCUGGGACUGGAGUUCACCCCUGUGGAAGAUGCUGUUCGAGAAACCGUCAAGAGUCUGAGAGCUAGAGGCUUGGUCGCCGCCGAGCCACCACAGUCUUAGUUAGUCUGGUUUAUAGGUUUAGUUUCACCUCCUAUACAUCAUCAUCUACAGUCUUCAGUAGACGAUGAAAUGUUAAUCGUUUUUUAACUUGCUGUUGAAGAUGAUGGAUAAUGAUCAAUUUGAGGAAGUAGAAUGACAAAUUUUCUUUUUAUCAUAUUGUUAUAUACUCAUAAUACCUCUGAAUGCUGUCAAAAGUAGCUUAAAAGGUUUGUUCUUUGUUCUUCUGCCACCCACCUGCUGCUAUCAUGAGAUAUCAAAAGAUGGUAUGAAUGGUAUCUAAUAGCUAUAUCUACACCUUAAUUAAAUCACUCAUCUACUUUGCCACUUUAAGGGGUGAAAAUUGAAAUGAAGAAAGACUUUACUGACUUGCUCUCUCUGGUAUUAACUCAUGUUUCAGAGGCAAACAACAAGAGUGGGAGCUGUUCAUUAACUCGACGAUGGAAGAAAGAAAAGACAUCCCCUAAAGAUGGACCAGUUGCAGGUUACCUGGGAUAGGUUUUUGGGUAAAACGAGUGUGGGGUCAUUGUCACCCUUAAAACCAAGACAAUGUAACCUGCAAAGCUUAAAGGUGAUCUCAAUUAGAGCCACAUCUCUCUCCUGCUUGCCUUUUGUUUAAUCUUAGAUCACCACUUAUGAAACUUUCCUUUCUCUUCUCAAUCCUUUCUAUAAAACACUCCAUGUGGGUCUCUGCUGAUGCUCUCUCUCAAUCCUUUUAUCUUCACUUACACACACAGCGUGCAGUUUAAUCAUGGAGAGUGCCCUGGCAGGUCCAUGUGGCUUCCAAUGACUUCUAACCCUUUGAUGAUCCUUCUUCUCUCUCUCUCUCUCUAGCUGGAUAUAAAGUAUUGCAGACUGAUACUAUUAUGCCAUGAGCACUUGUCCAUCUUUAGUUUUGAGGUGAUUUCUCAGCUGCAGGGAAGUGUCAACUAUCAAGUAUGCCGCCGCGAGCAGCAGCAUGUAGGUGGUCUUGGUCCAUCAGCGAAGAGUCGUUGAGGAGGUACGUGCAUUUCGCGAGCGCGAGCUGCAUACAGAUACAGGAGGAAAUCGCUUGAGAUGUAUGUAGCAUUAAUCCAAACAGCAUGGGCCCAAGCCCAACUCGCCACCUCCCAGUCCCAAGCCCUAAACGCCGUUAUCAUUAUCUGAGAUGGAGUGGGCCCCACUUGAACCUUCGACGUUUUGACCGGAGAGAGAAGAGCCUGUGAAACGGUGCUGCCCGCCUAACUUUUCCAGAUUUAAUUUAGCUCUUUCAAUAUGUUUAUUGAUUUUUUUUAUCUUUGUAAUUUCUAUCAAUAUAUAUUUUUUAAUGUUAACUAAUUUAAAAAAUUUCCCCGUUGAAU